AGGACGCGCUGAGGAGGGAGUCCGCUUUCUAACCGUGGAAAUCCUGCUGCUGAACCCAGCCUGCGCCUUCUGGAUUACCGACUUGAAACACUUUACAUUGCUUUCUCCAUCUCCUUUCUCCUCUUUCUUUCUGUUCUCCAAAGGAGAGACUUGGAUGCAGGAUGUGGAAGAUCGCAGGUGAGGAGAGGAGGAAAAUACCGUUUCAUGUAGAUAUGUGCCGCCAAAUUUAUGCUGAACUCCUUAUGGAAUAUUUCUACAGAAUUAUUUAACGAUUUUUUUUUUUUUUUUUUUUUUUUUUUUUUUUUUUUUUUGUCAAAUUCUUUAAAGUCAUACUUUGACUUAAGACAAAAAAGACUCUCAAAAUGGAUUUUUUAAACAGCUCCAUCUUCGAGGGAGGGAUGGAGGCAGAAAACAUCUCCUCUAAUUCCACCUCUCAGAGCCAGUACACCCAGCUCGCUAUCUGGGGUCUGGCAGGACUUGUCAGCUUUCUGAUUUUGUUUACAAUAGUGGGGAACGUCUUGGUUGUUAUUGCAGUUUUAACAAGCAGAGCUCUGAAACCACCCCAGAACCUUUUUCUUGUGUCCCUGGCCAGUGCAGACAUAUUGGUGGCCACGCUGGUCAUGCCCUUUUCUCUGGCAAAUGAACUUAUGGGCUAUUGGUUUUUUGGGAAAAUCUGGUGUGAUAUCUACUUGGCUCUGGACGUUUUAUUCUGCACCUCCUCCAUCGUUCAUCUGUGUGCUAUUAGUUUGGACAGGUACUGGUCAGUGACACAGGCUGUAGAAUAUAACUUGAAGAGAACGCCUAAAAGAGUUAAAGGUAUGAUCGUGGUGGUCUGGCUUAUCUCAGCUGUCAUCUCCUUCCCACCGCUCAUAUCAAUGGACCGGAGCAGUAGUGAGGCCAGUGAGUGUAGACUGAACGAUGAGACCUGGUACAUCCUCUACUCCAGCAUCGGCUCAUUCUUCGCUCCCUGUGUCAUCAUGAUCCUGGUCUAUAUCCGGAUCUACCAAGUAGCAAAGACCAGGACCAGAACAAUGUCAGAGAAGAAGAGGGAUGUGGACUCGCCGCUGGAGAACGGGAUGGAGCAAGCAGAACCAGGCAAAGGUGGGUCCGUAAAGUCCACCAGGGGCGGAAACACGAAAGACCAGGAGCGUGAGAACGGACACUGCCAGGAUCAACCUGUGGGAUCGCCGUUACCCAACGAGCCCAAACAUCCCCACACGGAUCACGACGAUGACUACGACGAUAGCAGUUCAUCGGACGAGAAACCCAAGAAAAAUUCCACUUCCUCCAAACACCAUCUCGAUGACAGAAAAGACAGGAAGUCCAGCCGAAAAAGCAGCUGCGCCUCGAAAUACUCCAGCAGGAAGUCGCGUGCCAGUUCCAAGUCCAUGGAGUUGUUUUCGUCUCGUCGCAAACGGCGGAGCACUGUCAACCGCAAGAAAGCGUCUGCGGCCCGGGAAAAACGCUUCACCUUCGUCCUGGCUGUCGUCAUGGGCGUGUUCGUGGUGUGCUGGUUCCCUUUCUUCUUCUCCUACAGCCUCUACGGAAUCUGCCGGAAGCCAUGCGAGAUCCACGAGACUCUCUUCAAGUUCUUUUUCUGGAUUGGCUACUGUAACAGCUCCUUAAACCCAGUCAUUUACACCAUUUUCAACCAGGACUUCCGCAGAGCCUUCCAGAAGAUCCUCUGUAAGUCCUGGAAACGACCUUUCUGAGGGCGACGUGCACAGUUACGGGUUUCCGACAGACAUUAUUCCCUGCAGACACAAAUUCAAUCUGUUCUGAGCCGUAGGAUAAAGUGCGGGGCUGGGGUGCUUUUCACACCUUUACUUUUCAGGGAUUGCUCUUAAAAUGAAGGAUCGCUUAAUGGAUCAUUGGACUGAACUAAGGUGCAGGGAAGAGGAUUAAAAUACAAGCAUCGAUGCUUUGAUAAUACCCAUAGAUGGGGUUUUCCUGCAAUGCCAGACAGAUUUUGCACUCUAACAUGGCCUCGGCUGAUUCCCCCCCCCGCCCCCCAUUUAAUUCAUCUCUGUUCAUUUAAGUACAAUAAGCUGUCUGACUCCAAUUGGUUACUGUGAUGCAUGCACAACAGAGUGGUUACACCUGGAGGAACUGCACAGGAGACGAAAAGGUUUACAGAGACACUUGAUUUUCUAAUGUGACCUCAUUCACUGAAUAUAAUGCGAAAAGGCCUUGACAAUCUCCAUACAACUGUUAAUUGUGACGUACGAUGGUGUUCUUUACCUCCUCUCUCUUUGUCUGUUACUGUUAUGCUUUUUCUUUUCUUAUUACGUCACCCUCUCAACAUGAGGACCAAUGGGAUGAAGGGGCUCCUUGCUUACUGUUUCAGUAGCAAAAAAACAAAACAACGACAAAAAAACAAAAACAAAACAGUUUCACUAAGAACAAAAAAAAAAAAAAUUACAAGAACAAACUCAACCAUCCACUAAAAGUACAAUGUCAUACUUCUGUCGCUGUGCAAGAAAAACUGGAAACUGCAGUGGGAAACAUUUCAUCAGGAUGUGUGUUCUUAUACCUAAGCUGCUCGGACUAUGGUCUGGAUGUGGAGACAUGUAUGAGAACAGUGACGUCAUGGGUCAUUUUUGUCUCCCAGGCAUGUUUGCACCAACUUUUCCCCUCUGAGAAAAUAGAUGGAAUAUAGAUAUACUGCUGAGACAGACAGGCAUCCGCUGAGGAUUUCACUGUGUGUGUGUGUGAACGAGUGAGAGAGAGAGAGACAGACAGGACGAACGAGGAGACAAAGUGUAUAACGUGAUGAAGUGAGAGAGUUAUCCCCACUACACGUUAACGAAUGUCUGUGUGACAGUUUGUCUGAGUGUGUGUUUGCUUCCAGGAAAUGGCCUAAUUUUCUCUGCUCAAGUGUCUUUCUAUUCUCCUCCACCUUAUUUUUCUGUCACAUCUUUUCUCCUCUUACUGCCACGGUAAAGAAAACACAACACACAAACUCACAUACACACCUUAUCGCUCUGCUGUAAAGUCUGCUACUCACACAAACACACACACACACACACACACACCAUGAGUGUAUCCACAACAGUAUAAAAAUGACUUCACCGUUUUCAUCUCUAAAUUUCAAGCAUUUAUAGCCAAAAGGGCUGAUGCUUUUCUCUCUCGCUCUCUUGUAAAUAACUGAAGACAGUACAGUAUUGUUGUAUUGAUAUGACAAAAGUCUAUUGUUUGUAUGAUGAACAGCUCUGAUCAGUUUUCAUGUUACACAGACUUGUCCUUUUCUAAUGUUCAGAAAAAGAACUGUUUACUUCUCUGCUUUGAGCACAUUCAAAAAGAACAAAUAAAGAGAUGACUUCACAUAUCCUUUGAAGAAUG